UGAAGACAACGAUUCAAUUCAGCACAUCACGUGUGUGUUAUCGACAGUCAUCAGAUGACACGAGCGCAUGCAGUCUCUUUGAGACGCACUCAUACACGCAAAUACCCACAGAGACCAUGUGUAACCAGCCGCAUGGAUGGAUCGCACCAAUCCACCCAUCCAUUCACCCCUCGUUGAGCAGCUCCUUGAGUCUCUCUUGGUGCGCGGCUGGCGUCGGCUCCUGGUGCUCCCUGCACACACACAGACUCGCGUGUUUGACGGGACAAAUACUGAGUGCAUUAGUCACCUGAUCCAUUGGGAGAUGAGCAGCACCAGGGGGUUGGUCCACGAGUGACGCAGCCACGACGAGUCGCCGCCGGCACGCGACUUGACCGCUGCACUCUGCACCACACCCACACAAAGGCAGCCACCACACACGUGUGUACGCUAUAAGCCCCUGCUCACACACUAAGUGACCUACCUGUGUGUUUGCCGUGGAGUCCCCCUGCUGCUGCUGGCGGUCUUUGUUGAGCGCCUCGAUGAACUUGUCGACAUGGCCGAAUCUGACCAUCUUGCCGGACGCCAUGUGUGCGACGUGUGUGGCCCACGCCUGCAUGCCGUCAAAUAUGUGGGUAGCGUAGACGAUCGUCACGCGGCGCUGCACCGACUCCUCAUACAAAAACUGCAGCAGCUGCACCGCGCCAACCAGAGAGAGACAGAGAGAGAACAAGUGUGUGUGUCUGGGUGUGGCUGUGUGGCUGUGUCGCUAAGGUUACGUCUUGCCGCGCCACGACGUCCAAGUCGGUGGUGAUCUCGUCCAGCAGCAGCACCUGCACACACACACACACACACACACAUAAACACACGUGUGUGUCGGUCUGGCUGGCUGGCUGUGUGAGGAUGAUGUAGGUACGUCGAAAGGUUUGACGAGGCCCAGCAGCAGCUGCACGCGACGCCGCUGACCCUCAGACACCUGCACAGCACACAAGACACACAUAGACACACACACACACACACACAUAAUACACAUGCCAUUCGGUGCUUGCCUGGUGCAUCCUCCACUCGAGGUCAACCUGCACACGAAGAUACACACAUUAGUGGCCUACACGUGUGUCUGAGAUUGUGUGUGUGUGGUCAAUGGCUCACCCCCAGCACGUGUAUGAGGUGCUUCAGCCUCUCCGUGUCCGGCACAGCAGCUCCCUUGAGCAUCGACCACACAGGAAAGUCUCCCUGACACACACACAGACAAGCCCACAGACACACACGUGUCAAUCAACGCCCACAGACACACACGUGUCAAUCAACGCGGCCAGACACACCAGACACAUCAGAGAGGCCAUGGGAACCGACCUACUCAACUCACCUGGUAGGCCACGCCGUAGCCGCAGAAGGCCACAUCACGCACCCAAUUGCCGCCUGCAGACAUCAACACAUCCAUCCAUCCAUCCAUCCAUCCAUUGCAGUGUGUGUGCCAAUCCACCGGUCGGCCGACCUACCUAGGUAUGACACGCGCGCCUCGACCUCUCUGUCGUGGAAGGGCGACCCGCCCAGUAUCUCUAUAGACGACCUACAGACACAGACAGAGAAACAGACAGACAGACACAUGAGGGAACGAACAAGGACAAGACAACACCCAUGUGUGGCCACGGCGUUCAGUCAGUCACCUGGGCACCAUGUUCUUGCCGCCCAGCAGCCGCAGGAGGGUGCUCUUGCCUGCAGCCGUCAACGCAAUUCACACACACAUCCACACACACACACACACACGAGCCCAAAGUGUGUGAAGAUCCACGCACUGGCAGACCGCGCUCACCUGCUCCAUUCUCUCCCACUAACAGACACCUGCACACACACAAGCACACGACCAUCAUUGUGUGCAGAUCUGCCAUCCAUGAGCUGUGACAGUGAUGCCCUUCCAUCUCAGCACUCCAGCAGUCACUUGCCUGUCGCCCUUCCUCAGCUGCAAAGACACAUCGCGCAGCACGUGCUUGCUGCUCGCGCCAUAGGCGAAGUCCAGCCCCCGGACAGCCACAGACGGCGGCCGCUCUGUUUUGUCCGAACACAUCGAUGUCACCCGUGCCCUAAGAUUUGGCAAGAAAAACAGCGC